AUGGCAUCACCCAUGAAAGGUUUGCCCUCGGACCCCUCCAGAUAUCUCCAGUCUUUCCGUAUCUUCCUUGCGAAUUCAACUGAGCACCAGAGCAUGCAGGAGUUCAUACAGAAGCAGCUGCCAUCUGUGGUAUCGAGUAUUGGAAACGGGAAGUCUACAAUCAAUGUUCUAAGUGUUGGCGGUGGAUCAGGUGAGAUUGACCUGCAGAUCCUCUCAAAAAUACAAGCCAGAUAUCCAGGGGUCACCAUCAACAAUGAAGUGAUAGAGCCAGCUGCUGACCAAAUCGUCAAGUACAAAGAGCAUGUGGCUGCGGCAUCAAACCUCAAAAACGUAAACUUGACAUGGCAUGAGGAGACAGCUACCGAAUAUCAAAAUCGAAUGAAUGCAGAAAAGAAGUCUAAAAAAUGUGAUUUCAUUCAUAUGAUCCAGGUGCUGUAUUAUGUAAAAGACAUCCCAGCGACUAUCCGGUAUUUCCACAGCCUCUUGGAAAAGCAGGCGAAGCUCCUCAUUAUCGUGGUGUCAGGAACAAGUGGCUGGGAAACGCUGUGGAAGAAGUAUGGGCCUUCCUUCCCUAUAGAAAGUCUCUGCACUUACCUUUCAUCUUAUGACAUAAAAAGGAUGCUGGACUCAGCCGGGCUGAAGUACCAGAUCCACGAGCUCCCAUCCCACCUGGACAUAACAAACUGCUUUAUUGAAGGGAGCAAGGAUGGGCAACUGUUGCUGGAUUUCCUGACAGAAACUUGUGACUUCUCUAAAACUGCUCCUUCUGAACUAAAGCAUCAAGUAAUGGAACAGCUAAGAAAGCCUGAAUGCAGUGAAGAAAGAGAUGGGAAGGUGCUUUUUAAUAACACCCUUAGUGCAAUAGUGGUUGAGCCAUGA